ACCACACUUCCCUGGAGACGGUUGCUACAACAGUCCGUUGCCUCCUCUCAGCUGUUGGUUCGUGUUUGACGUUAGAUAACAGUCACAUCUGUCCGACCGAGAGUUUAAAAUAUAUAAAAUAUAUAAAAAUGGCUUUUGAUUCACACAGCCAGAGAGAUGCAAACGGAAGUUACACCUUCUCCAGUCGACCCAGACCUGUAGAGAACCGGUCCAAGUACAGAGAGCCUCCGUCUGAACAGAUGCAGAAUUAUGGAAACAUUAUGUAUGACCGUCGUGUCGUCAGAGGAAACACUUACGCCCAGCACAUCAUACCGACUAUGGUUCCGCCGGACCCUGCUGAGACACAAAGACAACAGGAGAUCAGGAGGAGAGCCAUCGCUCGAAAACGAGCCAGGGAGCAGUUCAGAUCGGGGACUCCAGAGGCCCUGCAGGGCAGAAAACACAUCGACGUACAAACAGAGCUUUAUCUCGAAGAACUGAGUGACGUCAUAGUGGCUGCAGAUAUUGAGUGCCAGACUGAUGCUUUCCUGGACAAACCAGCGACCCCGCUCUUCAUACCUGCCAAAUCUGGCAAAGACGUUGAAACACAGAUAGAGGAGGGAGAGCUGUUUGACUUCGACGUGGAGGUGCAGCCGCUGUUGGAGGUCCUGGUGGGUAAGACAAUUGAACAGUCCCUGGAGGAGGUGAUGGAGGAAGAGGAGCUGGCCUCUCUGCGGGCCCAGCAGAGGGCUUUCAGAGAGCUCCGGAAAAAGGAGCUGGCAGAGGUGCAUCAGCUUCAGGAGCAGGAGAGGCGUCGCACUGAGGAGAAAGGCCACAGAAUUGCCCAGCAGAAGGAGGUCCUGAAGAAAGAGAGAGAGGUUGCAGAGAAGAUUGCCGCCCGGGCGUACACCCAGCAGUACUUGGCCGACCUCCUGCCGACUGUCUUCACCUCGCUGAGAAACCACGGCUACUUUUACGACCCCGUGGAGAAAGAUAUUGAGACUAAUUUCCUCCCGUGGCUGGUGGUUGAGGUUAACAACAGUUUGGAGAGGAGAUACACAGCAAGAGAGAUGCUGGACACUAUCAUCCACGAUGUCGCCCAGAAGAGACUGGAGGGGUUCAAAGAGCCGGAGACACAGCCAGCUAAACCAGAGACUCAGUGAGUCACAGAGAAAGGUCAAAGAAAUGUAUGUGUGUUCUCAAGAAUAAAAUGUUUUUCCACUGACUAA